GUAGAGCGGCGUGUGGUGAUAAAGCACAGGAGGCCCGAGACCUGACUGACACCACGGUGCUGCUGAGAGGCAAAAGCACUGGGGAGAUAAAACAUGGGGAUGUACAACGAACAAGGGGCGGCGCUGGAGCAGCCAGAGUCGCGCCACAUGACGAUCAAAAAGAGCCAAGUGGGGACCCCCCUCUCCGGGCGCAGGCAGCUCAGCAAACUGCCCCCCAAAGACGUCUUCAACGACUCGAUGUUUAUGGUCGGGGGAUGGACCCAAGACGACCCGUGCUGCUUGGUGGAGCAGUUCUACCCCGAGUACAACGAGUGGAGAGCAGCAGCGCGCAUGGUCAACAACCGGGGCAGAGUGGCCGUGGGCACGCUGGAAGGCCACAUCUACGCGGUGGGAGGGGAAGACGCCGUCAGAUGCUACAGCAGUGUGGAGAGGUACACCCCCGACACAGACAGCUGGAGUGCAGAUGUAGCACCCUUGAGCAGCCCCCGCAGCGGAGUGUGUCUGGUGGCGAUGGUCGGGUACCUGUACGCCAUCGGAGGCCACGACGGCAUCGCUGCCAUGAACACUGUGGAGAGGUAUGACCCACAGAUGAACACAUGGAGCAAGCAGGCCGCCAUGCUGGGCCGGCGCACCAGAGCGGUGGCUGCCGUGCUGGGGGGUCACUUGUACGUGAUCGGGGGGAGCGACGGCGAGAUGGCUCUGAACUCGGUUUCAUAG